UUUGUCCGCAGCGUCGAUCCGUCUCCCCGCCUUCGCUGCUGCCAUGGCGGCAGCUCCGCCGCUCUCAAAGGCCGAAUACCUGAAGCGUUAUUUGUCUGGGGCAGAUGCCGGCGUCGACGGGGGCUCUGAGUCCGGCCGCAAGCGUCGCAAAAAGCGGCCGAAGACUGGCGGGGCCGGCGGCAAGGGAAUGCGGAUUGUGGAUGAUGACGUGAGCUGGACAUCUAUGUCAACCACUAAAACAGAAAAGGAGGAGGAGGAAGAUGAUGGAGAUUUGCCUGUGGUGGCUGAGUUUGUGGAUGAGCGGCCAGAAGAGGUAAAGCAGAUGGAAGCCUUUCGUUCCAGUGCCAAAUGGAAGCUUCUGGGAGGCCACAGUGAAGAUCUGCCCUCACACAGACAUUCCCGUCAUGAUACCCCGGAUUCAUCUCCUUCUAGGCGGGUCCGUCAUGACACCCUGGAUUCAUCUCCUCCUAGAAGGGUCUGUUAUGACACCCUGGAUUCAUCUCCUCCCAGGAGGGUCCGUCAUGACCCCCUGGAUUCAUCUCCUCCUAGGACGGUCUGUCAUGACACCCCGGAUUCAUUGCGUCCUAGGAGGGUCCGUCAUGAUACCCCGGAUUCAUCUCCUAGGAGGGUCCGUCACGAUACCCCGGAUUCAUCUCCUCCUAGGAGGGUCUGUCAUGAUUCCCCAGAUCCAUCUCCCCCCAGGAGGGCCCAUCAUGACUCAGACCCAUCUCCCCCAAGGAGGGCCCGUCAUGAUUCACCAGAUCCUUUUCCCAUCAGGAAGCCUUACCAUCAUUCUUCAGGUGUAUCUCCUAGGAGGGCCCGUCAUGACACACCAGAUCCAUCUCCACCUAGGAGAGCCCACCACAAUUCCUCAGAUAACUCUCCUCGCAAAAGGGCCCAUAACAGCUCCCCUGACACAGCUCAGCCUAGAAGGACUCUUGACUCUGUGGACACACCACAGCUCAGGAGGGCCCGUCAUAAUUCCCCUGACUUGGCUUCUAAUGUCCCUCAUUCACUGCCCAGAACCAAAAGCGGUAAAGCCCCAGAAAGUUCUAGUAAAACUUCUCCACAUCGGAAGGGGCCAGGACCUUCUCAUCUAUCACUCCCAAAGAACAGCAAGUAUGAAUAUGACUCGGAACUCUCUCCUCCACGGAAAAAGCAAGCAAAAUCCCGUUUUGGAAGUAAGCAGCGUGAUUCUAAAGGCUCCUCCCCCAGCCAUAGGAAAUAUCAUACAAGCUCUUCACCCAGGAGACAUCAGAGUCACAUGUUGGAUGCUUCUUCCUACCCAAGUGACAGUAGGAAAGCCUCUGACUCAGAUCUUUCUCCUCCACGGCAUAAACAAAGUUCAGGGCCCCGGGAUUCUGAUUCAGAUCUGUCACCUCCACGGAAUAGACCUAGGCACUGGAACUCUGAUUCUGACCUCUCUCCACCAAGGAGGAAACAGAGGGCCAAAUCAUCUGAUUCUGACCUGUCUCCACCUCGAAGGAGUCAGCCUCUGGGAAAGAAGGCUGCACACAUGUAUUCUGGGGCUAAAACUGGGUUGGUGUUAACUGACAUACAGCGAGAGCUGCAGGAGCUCGAGAGACGGGACCAAGAGACCAUGGCACUUGAAGCUGAAUUCCAGUAUGCUGAAACCGUAUUUCGAGAUAAGUCUGGUCGUAAGAGGAAUUUGAAACUGGAACGUUUAGAGCAGAGGAGAAAAGCGCAGAAGGACUCGGAGAGAGAUGAGCUGUAUGCUCAGUGGGGAAAAGGGCUUGCACAGAGCCGGCAGCAGCAACAAAAUGUGGAGGAUGCAAUGAAGGAAAUGCAAAAGCCUCUGGCCCGCUAUAUUGAUGAUGAAGAUCUAGAUCGGAUGCUGAGAGAAAAAGAAAGAGAGGGGGACCCCAUGGCCAAGCUUAUCAAGAAGAAUAAGGCCAAGGAGGACAAGAAUAAGAAAGUGAGACCUCGCUACAGUGGCCCAGCACCUCCUCCCAACAGGUUCAAUAUCUGGCCUGGAUAUCGCUGGGAUGGAGUAGACAGAUCCAAUGGAUUUGAACAGAAGCGCUUUGCCAGGCUUGCCAGCAAGAAGGCGGUGGAGGAACUUGCCUACAAGUGGAGUGUUGAGGAUAUGUAACUUUUCUGAGGCAGUGGGGGUGGCUGUGGGUUGUGGUGGUGGACACUGGGUGGACAGACGUCCAGCUGCAACAGUCAUCUGUGCUCAUAAUCAGGGCCCACACAGACCAGCGACUUGUUGGAUGCCAGUUUUGACUACAGAAGAAUAUUUGAGACGUAAUGUUUGGACUGAAGGACCUGUACUUCUCAGGUGUGCCGACACUGCCUGUUGCUGGCUUUCAGAGGAAGCGUUGAUUUCUCUGUGUCCCAGGGUUUGUUCUUGGUUAGGGUUUUCCCUUUUUAAUAAACACACAUUUAUUUUUUUAAAAUAAUUUUCUUAAACGGAUAUUCUGUUUUGGGGAAGAAUACAAGCUAAUACUGAACCCCCAGGGAUCUUGGAGGGUGAUAGCUGGAUUUCUCAUUCAUCUAGGAAGCAGGAUGAGUACAAACUUUCACAGUGAUAGCUCCUUCCUCUUAGAAAAUAAGAAUUAUUGCUAAACUAGACUUAGGAAUAGACAUGGCAGUUUGGAGACAUGGUGUCUGGUAAAGGUAGUGUCACAAAUUAGUGGGGAAGAGAUAGAUAAUGGUGCUCGGAAGAUUGGCUUAUUAUAUGGACACAAAUAAGGUUGGAUCCCUGCCUUAAACCACAUAAGGCAAAGACAAAUCCCAAAGUGAUUUUACCUAAAUGAAAGGUAAAAUGCUACAGCCAAUUAGAAAAAAUGGGGAAUGUCUUUGUGACCUUGGGGUGAGGAUAAAUUUGUUAAAUUAGAUCUCCAAAUCACAAUCCGUAAGGUUUGAUAGCUUUGCCUACAUCAUAAUUAAAGACUUCUAGUCAACAAAGCACCCCAUAAUCAAAGUUAAAAAUGGGUAUAGAUUAGGAGAAAAUAUUUCCAAUGUCUAAAACUGAUAAAGGAAUACAUUUAUAAGAGAUUGAAUGUAGAAGGAACUACUACAAAUAGGAAAGAAAUACAAAACACAAAAUAAAAAUAGGCAAAGAAUAUGAAUAUGUAAAAUCUAAAGGGAAAACCAGAAUGGGUAAUAAGUAUAUUACUACUAGUAAUAAGAGAAAUAGAGAUCAAAACAUUAAUGAGUUUCUACUUUGUAUCUAUCAGCAAAAAUAAGGAAGAGACUGAAUUCUCAUGGGGAAUGAAAACUCAUGGGAAGUUUCAACUGGUGCAUCCAUUCUGGAGAACAAAUGGGCAAAACUUAAUUGAAAAUAAGUAAUAUCUGGGAUGUAGUAUUGCAGAAUUUUUGAGAGAAUAUUGUCUGAGUUUGAAUCUCAGGUAUGUCUUUUACUAUGUGACCUUGAUAAGCCACUUAACUUCUCUGUGUUUUAGUUUCUUCAUCUUUGAAAUGGAGAUAAUAUUACCCACCUCACAGGUUUAUUGUGAGCCUAGAACAGUGCCAGGCACAUAGUACAUGUCACAAAAUUAUUAGCUGUUGUUAUCAUUGUCUUCGUAAUAUCAAGUGUUGAUAGCCAGCUUCCAGUGUGGCCCCAAUGAUCCCUGACUCCUGGUAUUUAAGCCCUCGUGUAGUCCCCUCCUACAGUGAAUAGGGCUGACCUGUGUAACCGGUAGGAUGUACUGGAAAUGUGUGACUUCUGAGGCUGAGUCAUAAGAGACAUUGAAGCAUCUUCCUUGUAUUCUCUUGAAUUACUUGCUGUGGAAGAAGCCCGCUACUAUGUCAUGAGGACACUCAAGUGGUCCUCUGGAGAGGCCCAUGCGGAGAGGGACUGAGGCCUCUCACCAGUAGACACACCAAUUUAUCAGCCCUGUGAGUGAGCUACCUUGGAAGUGGAUCCUUUUAGCUCCAUUCAAGCCUUUAGAUGUGUGCAGCCCUGAUCAACAACAUGGCUGCAACCUCACGAGAGAUCCUGAGCCAGAAUCACGCAGCUCCAAAUUCUUGACACAAAGAAAUUGAGAUAAGAGGAGGUGUUUAUUAUUUUUUAACAGCUUGAGAUAUAAUUCACAUACUAUACUGUUUACCCAUUUAACGUGUUUAAGUAGUUUUUAGCAUAUCACAGAGUUGUAUAACCUUCACCACAAUUCAUUUAAAAAUAUUUUGGAUACAGGGAGUUUUGUAUCCAUCAGCAGCCACUCUUCACUUGGCCCCGGCUCCCCUAGCCCUAGGCAACUACUAAUCCUUCUGUUGCUGUAGAUUUGCCUGUUCUAGACAUUUCAUAUAAUAUGUGAAUGGGACUAUCAUACAAUACAUGGCUUUUUGUAUCUAGCUCUUUUCACUUAGCGUAGUGUUUUCAAGGUUCAUCCGUGUUGUAGUAUGUAUCAGUACCACAUUCCCUUUAAUGGCUGAAUAAUAUUCCCUUGUAUGGAUAUACCACAUUUUAUCUAUCCAUGCAUCUGUUGAUAUUUGAGUUGUUUCCACUUUUUGGCUAUUGUGACUAACGCUGCUAUGAACAUUCAUGUACAAGUUUUUGUAUGGACUUAUGUUUUCAUUUUUCUUUGAGUAGAAUUGCUGACUCAUAUGGUUAACUCCAUGUUUUGCUUUUUGAGGAACUACCAAACUUCCAAAGCAGUGUAUGAGAGUUCCAGUUUCUCCACAUCCUUGCUGAUACUUGUUUUUGUUGUUGUUUUUGGCCAUGCCACGCAGCUUGUGGGAUCUUAGUUCCUCGACCAGGGAUUGAACCCGGGCCACGGCAGUGAAAGCGCUGAGUCCUAACCACUGGACCACCAGGAAACUCCCGCUAAUACUUGUUAUUAUCUGUCUUCUUGAUUAUGGCUCUCCUAGUAGUGUGAAGUGGUAUCUUGGAACACACUGACCUAGGACACAGAGAGCGUCGUUCCUUUCUAAAGAGGUUACUCACCCUAGUCAAAGAGCUGGACUAGGGUCAGGGUGUGCCUGGGGAAUCCCAGUGAGAAGGCGGAGUCGAGGCUGUGAGGAGCGGAACCAGCAGGCCUCUUUUCCUGGCCUUUUGGGACCAGAAAGCAGUGAACCAGGAUGGGACAUGCCUCUUCAGAGUCAGACACACACAGGUGUCUUAAAGAGGAACAUGCAUCUCUGAGUCUGUCAUCAAAAUUUUUAUUCCAAGUCUGCAUGACAUGAGGAUUGUUGGAUUUCUGUCCUUUCGGUGUUUAUGGAGGACACAAAAAAGAAUUACUAUGAGUAAAUAAACAGAGAAGAUUAAAGGCCUUUCUCUAUGGGGGCACCGUUUAUGAGGCAGCAAGCCAGGAGACUUGUUUCUGGGAUUUUGUGAUGCUGCUGCAGCCGUGAACCACAUCCCAUUUCUGAGUUGUUGCAGUUGGAGCUCCUCAGCUUCUGAGUCUUCGCAUCCAGAGGCUCUGAUCUCAGCCCAUGUGUAUGUUCUGGGAGUGUCCCUGCCAGCACACAGGGGAGAAGAGGUCAGGGCAGAGAUGCAGAAGCUCUGGCUCUCGCCCUGCACCACCAUCUGAGGCCAGACCCUUAGGACUUGGCUGCUGAUACAGGACUGGAUAUUGAGAAUCAGCCAGCUCUGCAAUCACAGGUUUUGUUAUAUUCUGAUCCUUCAAACGAUGAACUCCUUCAGACUUCAUCUUUGCAAAAGUAACAGGAUUCCUCAAGUGACCCUGGGCAGAACAAAGAUCAGCUUCUCAAGGACAGAGCCUCAUAAGGGAAACAAGAGUUCUGGAGGCUGGGAAGUCCAAGGUGAAGAUGCUGGAAGAUUUGGUGUCUGGCGAUGUUACCAAGUCCAAUCUCACUCUGCUCGCUGCAGGACAGGCCACUAAAUCAGAGACGAGGUGUUGAGACAAGGAAGACGACUUUAUUCGGAAAGCCGGCAGACGGAGAAGAUGGCGGACUAGAGUCUGAAAAUAACAAUCUUAUCGGGGUUUGGAUGCCAGUUUCUUUUAUAGCACAGAGAGGGGGAGGAGAUGAGGAAGUAAAGUAAAAAGGCCAUAAGUUUUGCAAAUAUCUCCUGGCAUGGCCAGACUCGGGAAGGGGAUGUGUUAAUUUCUUCUUUCUUGCAGCCACCCACAAGUGGACAGGGUCCGGAUGUUUGUCUGAACAAAGGCACUUCGGUUUAACAUUCAGGCAGAGGGGCAGUGUUCCCCGAGGCAGGCCAUUAUGUAUAGACAGUAUCGUUUUAGUGAACAAGAGCAGCGGAGAGCAAAGGUUAAAGUAAGAGAAACAGAUGCAACAUGUAGUCAGAUGUGGCUCUUCCCUGUUACAGCGAGAGCCUACUUCCUGGUUCAUAGACGGCUGUUUUCUUGCUGUGUUCUCAUGUGGCAGAGGGGGUCAGGGAGCUCUCUGGGGUCUCUUUUAUAAGGACACUAAUCCCAUUCAUGAGGGCUUCACCCUCAUGGCCUAAUUCCCUCUCAAAGACCCCACCUCCAAAUGCUAUAACAUUGGGGGUUAGGAUUUCAACAUACCCUUAGAGCGGUAUGAGCCCUCAGGACUGCACUACAGGGUAAACACAACCUCCAUAUGGUGGCAAGUGUAUGUGUCUUUGUUUCCUUUGUGGUUGGAGACAAAGUUGAUGUUUUUGUGUCAUCCCUCCAUUGAGCCGCUCAGGUGCUGAAUAAAUACAAAGUCUCCCUGUGUGCGGGGCUCCGUGUUGUGGGCUGUAGGGGCUACGCAGAUGAAAGAGACAUGAUUCCAUCCUGAAAAGCUUCCACAAACCCAGCAUAGGGCUGAACAUGGUACUCAAAUGCCACAAGCUUCCAGGCUGUGAGCUCUGGCUGCAGUGCCCACUGUGGGGAGGGAGUGAGAGAAGGUGGGAUGGGGAAGGGGGACUGGGGACUGGUCAGCAAGGGCCUUCCCUCUUGAUCGAGGGAGUCGUGUCAAGCAGGGUUGGUGUGGUCGACAGAUAAUGCUCCCGAAGAUGUCUGUGUCCUAAUCCCUAGAACCCGUGACUAUCUUACCACACGUGGUAAAAAGGGACUUUGCAACUGUGAUUAAAUCAAGCCUUUGAGGUGGGGCGAUUACCCUGGAUUAUCCAGGUGGGCUCUGUUAAAAAAAUAAAAUUUAAGGGACUUCCCUGGUGGGCCAGUGGUUAAGAAUCCUCCUUCCAAUGCAGGGGACUCGGGUUCGAUCCCUGAUCCGAGAACUAAGAUCCCACAUGCCGCAGGGCAACUAAGCCCUCAUGCUGCAACUACUGAGCCUGUGCGCCUCAACUACAGAGCCCGAGUGCCACAAACUACAGAGCCUACGUGCUCUGGAGCCUGCACACCACAACUAGAGAGAAGCCCACACGCCGCAAUGAAGAGCGUGCAUGCCGCAUCAGAGAUCCUGUGUGCUGCAACUAAGACCUGACGCAGCCAAAAAUAAAUAACAAAAUAAAACAAAAUUCAACAGAGUAAAUUUGAAGGUCUAAUUGGCUUUAUUAAGCAAUUUAUGAAUCAGGUAGCAUCUCAUCUAGCAAGUAGUAGGGUGAUACUCCGAGGAUGUGUACAAAAUGGAAGGUUUUUAUAGGCAGAAGGAGGGUAGGGCAAGGAAGUUUUUAGCAAGAGAAAAGAAAGAAUUGUUUCCAGCCAGGUCAUCUUCUUUUGAGGCGAAGGGAGUGACAGGGGUCUUAUUGUGCAGAUUGCUUUGCUAGUGCUGAUCAGGAAAUUUCAGGUUGUCUGUUUAAAGACCACAUUCCUAGGAGAGGUUGAAACUGCAGUUAAGUCUUGGUUUGCUGUCAUGGGGGCCAAUGACUUUAUUUUGUGCCUGUUGUUUCUUGUUUUUAAGAGCUCGAUGUAGUCACAAGCGUCCUCAUAAGAGGGAGGUAGGUCCUCAUAACAGGGAGUCAAAGGGAGGAGAAGGCCGUGCAUGAUGAAAGCAGAAAUUGGAGUGAUGCACCCACAAGCCAAGGAAUGAUGGCAGCCUUGAGAAAUUUAAAGAGACAAGGAAGAGAUUCUCCCCUGGAACCUCCACAAGGAACAAGGUGGAGACCCGCCUUGAUUUUAGCCCCAUAAGAAUCAUUUUGAACUUCUGACCUCUAGAACUGUGAAAGAAUAAAUUUGUUUUGUUUCAAGCCACUAAAUUGGUACAGGCACCAAGGAACAUUAAGAAACUAAUACAGUUGGAAAUUCCUCCAGCUGUUAUGGUUUCUAACCUAAGGCAAGUUAUUCAAAUUUUCUACCAGAUGCCAGUCUCCUCACCUUUUAAGGAGUUUAACAGUAGUACUUAACUUGUAGGAUUUUAAGGAUGAACUGAGAUAACAAGUGAAGCACCUGCACAUAGACAGCUUGUUAGGAUUGGUGUGCCUACAGGCUAUGUGGGGCUCAAUAACCCACUCUCGCCUUCCCUUCCUCUCCCCAUCCUGGCCUUUCUCAGUACAGUUUUUCUUCUUGAUCACUCUCCCCUCCUGUAGCUGUGUUACCAGAAGAGGGACCCCUUCCAGGGCCCAAGAGUGGACUCUUGUCUAACACUUGGAAAUGAAUUGUCCGAGGAGACACAUGUGUUGACAAUGCAAAAGGCUGCUGGGUGUGUGACUUUCUUCUGAUUGGUUGGUAGUGAGGUAACAGGGUGAAUCUGCCCUUUGGUAUUCAGGAAGGUCUAGGAGGCUGAAACCUUUUUCCUACAAACAAGAAAUGGAAGAAGUGGAAAGGAUUCGUACCCAGGAGGGCCCCGCAGGGUCCUGCUUGGUUUCAGUUAUUGAUAAGCUAUUAACAUUUAAAAAUUAGGGACUUCCCUGGUGACACAGUGGUUAAGAAUCUGCCUGCCAGUGCAGGGGACACGGGUUCGAGCCCUGGUCCGGGAAGAUCCCACAUGCCGCGGAGCAACUAAGCCCGUGUACCACAACUACUGAACCUGCGUUCUAGACCCCGCGAGCCACAACUACUGAAGCCUGCGUGCCUAGAGCCCGUGCUCCGCAACAAGAGAAGCCACUGCAAUGAGAAGCCAUGCACCACAACAAAGAGUAGCCCCCGCUCGUCACAAGUAAAGAAAGCCCGCACGCAGCAACAAAGGCCCAACACAGCCAAAAAUAAAAUAAAUAAAUAAAUAAAAAUAAAAUAAAAAUUAGUUAUCUAUUUUAUUGUAAGCACGUGUAAAAAAUGUCCAUUUUGUGUACAACAUUUAAUGAGGUUAACAAGGGAAUCUUUGAGAUCCAUAUGUAGCUGGAUGUGACUAAGUUUAGGCUUUAGAAGGUAUGCAUGAAUUUUCUUAGAAUUCUGUCCCUGAUUGUUGGAAGUCUGUCAUUUCUAACAACGACAGACCCAGAAACACACGUUGCUUUUACGCACAUAUCUUUUUCACAGCUUUAUUGAGGUAUAAUGACAUGUAAGUAACUGCACGUAUUUAAAAUGUCCAAUUUGGUAAGUUUUGACAUAUCUAUCUACCUAUGAAAUCAUCACCAUAAUUAGGAUGAUAAACAUAUCCGUCACCUCCACCCCGAUUUCCUUAUGCCCCUUUGUGAUCCAUUCCUCCUGCCCCUGUCUGUCCUCCUCUAUCCCUUCUUGCCCAUUCUCCCUACAGGCAAGCCGUGGAUCUGUUUUCUAUCACUAGAGAUCAGUCCGCAUUUUUAUAAUUGUGUAUAAAUGGAAUCAUGCAGUAUGUAUUCUUUUUUGCCUAGUGUCUUUCACUCAAUGUAAGAUUCAUCCAGGGUGUCAAUAGUUCAUUCGUUUGUAUUACUGAGUAGUAUUCCAUUGUAUGGAUAGACACAGUUUGUUUAUUCAUUCCCCAGAUGAUGACCAUUUGGGUUGUUUCCAGUUCGAGGCUAGUACAAAUAAACCGCUCUAGACAUUCAUAAGAGUCUUUGUAUGGAAUCUGCUUUCAUGUCUCUUGGGCAAAUACCUAAAAUAGAAAUGGCUGGGCCGUAUGGUAGGUGUAUGUAUAACUUUUUAAGAAACUGUCUAACUUUUCCCAAGUGGUUGUACCAUUUUACAUUCCCAACAGCAAUGUAUGAGGGUUCCCUACCAAUACUCUAUCAGGUCAGCCUUUUCAUGUUAAUCAUUCUGUUAGCGGUAUCUCAUUGUGGUUUUCAUUUAAAUCUCCAUCAUGACUAAAGAUGUUGAGCAUCUUCUCAUGUGCUCAUCCAUACAUCUCCUUUGGUGAAAUGUCUUCAAAUCUUUUGCUUAUUUGGAAAAAUUGUGUUGUUUGUAUUAUUGAAUUUUUAAAGCUCCUUAUUCACCCUGGGUCCAAGUCCUUUAUAAGACAUAUUCUAAGAUUUUCUCCCUGUCCUUGGCUUCUCUUUUCAUUCAACACUAUCUUUUGAAGAGCAGAAAUUUUUAAUUUUGUUGAAGUUCAAAUUAUCAAUUUUUUUAAUGAAUGGUGUUUUUGAUGUCGUGUCAAAAAAAAGUCUUUGCCUACUCUAAGUUCACAAAGAUUUACUCUUAUAUUUUCUUCCAGAAGUUUUGUUGUUUUAGGUUUUACAUUUAGGACUAUGAUUCAUUUUGAGUAAAUUUUUGUAAAUGGUGGAUAUACGAAUAGAAGUUAAGAUUUUAAAAUAUGAAUAGCCAAUUGUCCCAUCACCAUUUGUCGAAAAGACCAUCCUUUUUCCGCUGGAGUGCCUUUGCACCUUUGUCAAAAAUUAGUUGACCGUAUAUGUGUGGAUUCUUAUAAAUAUUUUAAUGUACUCUUUCAAGUAUAAAAUAAGUGCUGUAUUUAAAAUUGUACAUUGUAUAAAUUCUAAGAUUAUUUUCAGAAAGUUCA